AUGGGAUUGUGUAUAUUAUCUGUUUUAUUCAACGUACAUUUUUUACUCUUUUUCACUCAAGUCUCAUCUUAUUCACCCAAUUCAUGUUAUCUGGAUAAUCAAUGGUGUCAAUGUGAAUCAAAAAAAUCUAUAUAUUGGCAUUUUUGGCGAUAUAUUUGGCCAAUAAUUCAUUUAUCUGUCUUUGCUUUCAUUCCUUUAAUUAUUAUAUUUGUAUGUUUAAUUCGUAUUAUACGAUAUACUCAUCGUAUCCACCAAAAUAUAAAUGAUGUCGAACAAAAUAGUACAUCUUUAAAUGUAUCGCAUCAUCAUCAUCAAUUUCUGUUAGUGCGUACACUUAUUUUUCUUGAUAUACUCUUUCCUUUAACUAUUUUUCCUACAUUAUUUUUACAUAUAUAUGUUCAUUAUGUUCCACCUGAAACUUGUCGAACUAUUGGCAUAUUGAAUAUUAUUUUUUCUAUUGGUUAUGCAAGUACAUUUAUUAAAAAUGUCUUUGCAUUUGGUAUUUAUUAUUUAUCUGGAACGAAAUUUCGUCUAGCAGUUAAAAUAUUAUUUCAACGAAUAACAACAACUUCAUUUCCAUCGAUAGCAGCGAUCACUUCUAAUCAACAUUUUUAUUUACAUUGA